AUGGCUGUUGCCUGCGCACCGGUUACUACCCGCUCCCCAACCUUCUGUCGUGCGGUUCGGCCUCAGGGAUUGGCUGCCCGGGAAAUCCUUCCUCCUCCUUUCACCAACCCCGCCCCGCCGCGCUCCCACGCACACCCCGCCCCUUGGGUACACCCUGGCGUCCGCUGCGAGGGGGCGAAUGAAGUUUGGUGGCUGAAGAGAAGAAGUGGGGCCGCCCGCCCGCCCCCUGCGACGAGCUCCUGGCCCCGCCUCCUGGCCCCGCCACAGUUGGCACGGCCUGCUCACCGUGAGGAGCCCCUCCCUUCCCUCGCUCUGGUGGGGAGCGUGGCGGCGGUUGCUCCCUGCGUAGUUUGA